UACAUGUACUUGCAGUACGUCAUAGGGGCAUGUAGAAAAACAUGUCCCUGGUUAUGACCUAUUUUCAUAUGAUACUUAUCAUCAGGAAUCCCCUUCUACCGAUGAUGCAAAACAAACGAUAGAGAACGCCAACAGGAACAUGAAAAAGGAGGGCAAAAGAACGGGCCUUUCAAUUAUGGCUCCUAUUUUCAUGCAUAAAAGGCACAAAGAAAGGCAAUACAAAGAGAACAGGCCAUUGACAGACUACGAACGAUGGCUUCUCGAUAACGACGAAGAAUACACUCUGACUGAUGGUCCUAUAUACGAUUCCGAAGGCGAUUCUACCGCUAUCCAAGAACCGGGCGAUUUUGAUCCGCUCAAUCAGCUUGAAUCUUUGAGAGAACAACUACAUCAAGCAAGCACAUUUGAAGAUGAUGAGACAAAGCAUUCAAGCGAAAAUUAUGAGGCUCAUUUUGAAAACACGGCAACAUGUUCAAUCCAAUGUCAAGUCGACAAAAUUGGGGAUUAUGUUAGCUACACAGGGAUAAGGCCUCUUCUAGUAAUCCUUGUCGUACUCGUGGUGAUUGGAACAAGAGCCAGAACGUCUACUCAAAAGUUGGCCAGAAGACAACAUGGCCUGGAUCGGGGAAAUCGAAGAGUCAACUUUGAAAGCAAGAAAAAGCGUGAUACAUCAUCUUGA